GUUUACAUCAAUUAGUUAAGGAACUCCAUUAAUGCACUCCAAAGAUUCUGUUGAUAACUGCGUUAGUUUUACAUAGAAUCUCACAGCGGCGACAUGUCUGAGAAAGAAAAGAAAGUUUCACCAGAAGAAGAACCAUUAAAAGAAAAUGCUGAUGAAAACAUUAAGAACACACUCUGGGAUAGAGUUAAAUACAUAAAGUCAAAUGUGACAGUGGAACCGAUAUUAGCCGGCCUAAUAAUUCCCUCCAUGCUUUCAAGAUUAGCGACCCAAAACCUUAACUUAGACAAAGCCUGUAGAGUCAAACUGGAUUUGGGUGAUGAUAUUUGUAAUGCGUUAAUAGAAAAAAAAGGCAAUGGCAGUCAUUAUGAAGGCGAUAUACAAAGGGUCAUCUCUGAUAUAGAAUCAUGGAGAAGCGUCAUACAAACAGCUAUACCGACCUUACUUGUAAUAUUUAUGGGUGCUUGGAGUGACAGAACUGGGAAUAGAAAACUAUGUAUACUCUUACCACUUUUUGGUGAAUUGUGUGUGGCUUUAUGCAAUAUGAUAAGUACAUUUUAUUUCAAAGAAAUAUCUGUAGAAGUAACUAUGUUUUUAGAGUCAAUUUUUCCAGCAAUCACUGGUGGUUGGGUAAUGGUAUAUUUGGGUGUAUUCAGUUACAUUAGUGAUAUAACAACUGAAGAGUCAAGAACUUUUAGAGUGGGUCUUGCCAAUUUAUGCAUGACCGCGGGUGUGCCAAUUGGAACAGCUCUGAGUGGAAUUCUAUUAAAGGUUUGGGGAUAUUAUGGAAUUUUUGGGAUGUCCACUACUAUUUAUAUCAUAAAUAUAACGUACGCAAUGACCUGUUUAAAGAGCAACUCCAAGCCUGGUUGUGAUGGAAAUGAAAAGAAAAAACCACCGACCUUUAAAGAUGUGAUUACAUUAGUCAAAGAAACUGUAGCAGUAGCAUUCAAGAAGAGAGAUGGCAACAUCAGGAUGAAGAUAUUAGUUACAUUGGCUAUAGUCACUAUUAUAUAUGGCCCUAAUCAUGGUGAAAGAAUAGUUACAUACAUGUACGUCAGAUAUCGAUUGAACUGGGAUGCUUUGAAAUACAGCUUUUACUCAACUUAUAGUAUCAUAACGCAUUCUUUUGGUGCAUUGUUUUCUAUCAGUGUGUUUAGCAAGCGUCUAGGUUUCCACGAUUCUAUGCUUUGCCUGAUCUCCAUCGUCAGUAAACUUAUCGGAUCUAUUUAUAUCGCGUUUGUAUAUACGGACGUGCAAAUGUUCCUGGUGCCAAUAAUAGAAAUCUUAAAUGCUACAACAUUCACUUCCCUGAGGUCAUUGGCUUCAAAACUGGUUCCAAGCGAAGAGUCAGGCAAAAUGAACUCACUAUUCAGUUUGGUGGAGACCUUAGGUGCUCUGAUGUUCGAUCCCACUUACUCCACCAUUUAUUCUCGCACCAUCAAAAUUUUCUCUGGAACUGUCUUCAUAUUUAGUGCAUUAAUGACACUCCCGGCUAUAUCGAUGUUGAUAUGGAUAUUUGCAAGACACAGAAUAGAAACUAGAAACAAAAGGCUGGACGACGUGGAAAAAUGAAGUUAAAAUUAAAAAUAUUGCUACCUACGGUUGUGGAUAGGCUGCGGUAACCGCUUACCAUCAGGAUUGUGAUGUGUUUGUUUGUCGGGUUCGCAUAUAAAAUGUAAAGAAAAUAUUGUCUGCACUCAAGUUUUAUUAUAAUAAACUGAAAUUAUACUUA